AAGCGCUGCUUGAACUCACAAGAGGCAGUCGGUCUCGUUUACUCCCGUUCUGCCGCCGUCUCGUUCGGCGCCCGUGCACUCAUGACCGGGAAUCCCGACCGGAGUAAGCUGAAGAAGAGCUCGCCGAAGAAAGCCUCUCCAUCUCUGCUGUGCUCCAUGUGAAAUAAAAGGCUCAGCGAUGAACGAGAGCGAAUCUCUCACCAAUGAGAGCGCUAUGGGUUUCCCAUCAUCCUCCUGGCUGGAAGCCGAAACCUUCGCCUCAAACGGCACCCUGGCGCUCUCGUCUGCCAGCCCAAACUUCCACGUGAACCCGUGGGACAUUAUGCUGUGCCUGUCCGGGACGGUGAUCGCCUGUGAGAACGCCAUCGUGGUGGCCAUCAUCUUCUACACGCCCACAUUGCGCAACCCCAUGUUUGUGCUGAUCGGCAGUCUGGCCACCGCAGACCUUCUAGCCGGCAUGGGAUUAAUCCUGAACUUCGCGUUCCAGUAUCUGGUGUCCUCCGAAACCAUCAGUCUGAUUACUGUGGGAUUCCUGGUGGCUUCGUUUACGGCGUCCAUCAGCAGCCUGUUGGCGAUCACCGUCGACCGCUACCUGUCGCUCUACAAUGCCCUCACAUACUUCUCCGAGAAAACUCUGCAUUAUGUGCAUCUGAUGCUGGUGGGCACGUGGGGUGCGUCUCUGUGUUUGGGACUUCUGCCUGUUUUGGGCUGGAACUGUUUGGACGAUGCGUCCACAUGCAGUAUUGUGCGUCCACUUAAGCGCAGCAACCUCACACUCCUCGCCACGUCGUUCUUCAUCAUCUUCAUCCUCAUGCUAAGCCUUUAUUUUAAGAUCUGCAAGAUUGUGUGUCGUCACGCGCAUCAGAUUGCAUUGCAGCAGCAUUUUUUUACUACUUCACAUUAUGUGGCUACUAAAAAAGGCGUCUCGACGCUGGCCAUCAUUUUGGGGACAUUUGGCGCCAGCUGGCUGCCCUUCGCUAUUUACUGUCUGGUUGGGGAGCGCGAGUAUCCGCCGGUGUACACGUACGCCACACUGCUGCCCGCUACAUACAACUCCAUGAUCAACCCCAUCAUCUAUGCCUACAGAAACACAGAGAUCCAGCGCUCCAUACACAUGCUGUUCUGCGGAUGCUUUCAGAGCAACGGCUCGUACCGCUCCAGAUCGCCCAGUGAGGUCUAGAUCACGCGUUUAACCCUGUAAAGCGUCAUAUAUGAGCCUGAUGGAAGUCUGAUAUAUGGUAAUUUAUGCAAAUCACAUAUUUAACAUAUUAGUUCAUGGUUGCAUUUCACAGAUACAUAUAAAAAUACAUAUACAUAAGACAUCACUCUGCAUCUCCAAUGAUAUGUCUUAGUAAGAUGAUAUUUAAUGCUUAGUUGUGAUCAAAGUGUAGUUUCAAAUGGAUAUUGCAAUGCAAAACAGUGAUGAUUGAGAGCUGAACAAAUAAACAUUCAUACACAGAAAUAUAUCAUACACUGAUAUAUCAAACAGGCCAUAAUAAAAACAGGCCUUAAUUUCCAGAACCUUUACUUUCUCUGUUUUUCAGCGGUGAACAAACUCCCCAUAUAUAUAUUAGAUGAUUUCGAGGCUAUAUGAGCAAUAUCACAUGAGUAGCAGUGCAAUAUGGCUGUAUAUCAGCACUGG